UUCCAGGUCCAAUAUACAAAUGCUCGUAGCUGCGCUUCAUUGCCAUCUCUGUAUAUCUUUCUCUAUGUAUGUCUUCUCGGAAGAAGACGAAGACAAUGAUGGUUUUGUUGCAGAGCUCGCGCCCAUGGCCUUCGCCUUCGAUUCCCAGAGCCGGUCGCUUUUCUCGUCCUCCGAAAAGACAAUCAAUGUUGUGCCAUUAUUGGUGGAUGGCAUCUUCAGAUUUACAUGGCAGUUACUUGUCAACAAAAAGUGAAGGGAAAUGCGGCACUAGUAUAAAGAGGACGUAUCAUGAGAUGGACCCUGCCACAAAAUCAAACGCUUCAGGCAAUAUUCAAGAUAAAGACUUGAGAAUGGACCUAAAAAGUAGUAUUCAGGGCCUCCAUGUCAAGCUCACCAUAGCAUCAAUAUCAUGCCAUUUUCUUCUGAAAAUGGCUCAAGUAAAAUCAUUAAUAAACCUGGCCAGAAAUAUCCAAUUUUCAUCUGCCAGCGCAGGGUUGCCAUUUGCUUGUGUGUCUAGUUCCUUGAAUAGACACACGUCUAAUUAUUUGGAAGUGAUUUUGCAUACUUGGCAAGAAGUUUGUGGGAACUUUACAAGAUUACUUUAUUUAUUCAAUGUUCAACUUGAGAGGGAUGUUGGCAUGUUCUUUGUCUUACUUCUUGCUGCAUGCUUCACCCUUGUUCUGAUUGGUGGUUUCCUCUUCUUCAAGAUCAGGGAUAAGAAGCAAUCUCUACAGGACUGCCUCUGGGAGGCUUGGUCAUGCCUGGUUACAGCAUCUACUCAUUUAAAAAUGAAAACCCUGGUUGAACGCCUUCUUGGUUUUGUUCUUGCCAUAUGGGGCCUACUAGUCUACUCCCGUCUUUUGAGCACAAUGACAGAACAGUUUAGGAAUAAUAUGCAAAAACUCAGAGAAGGAGCAAAAAUGCAAGUUCUGGAGACUGAUCAUAUAAUUAUUUGUGGAGUAAAUAGUCAUUUGGGCUUCAUUCUAAAGCAGUUAAAUAUGUAUCACGAGUUUGCUGUUCGCUUAGGUACUACUACAGUUAGGAAGCAGAAAAUUCUUCUUUUGUCUGAGCUUCCAAGGAAGCAGAUUGACAAAAUAGCAGAGAGUAUUUGCAGAGAUCUUAAACAUAUUGAUAUCCUUACAAAAAGUUGCAGCCUCAGCUUAACAAAAUCAUUUGAAAGAGCUGCAGCCAAUAAGGCACGUACCAUUAUCAUAUUGCCAACUAAGGCAGAUCGAUAUGAAGUUGAUACAGAUGCAUUUCUCACUGUUCUUGCCCUUCAACCUCUUCCAAAAAUGGCUUCUGUACCUACCAUUGUUGAGGUUUCAAAUUCCAAUACAUGUGAGAUCUUGAAAUCGAUCUCUGGAUUGAAAGUAGAACCUGUGCAAAAUGUUGCAUCAAAAUUAUUUGUUCAAUGCUCUCGACAGAAAGGCCUUAUAAAGAUUUACAAGCACUUGCUUAAUUAUCGAAAGAAUGUAUUUAACGUUUGCAACUUUCCCAGCCUGGUGGGGCUAACAUAUAGGCAAGUAAGACAUGGAUUCCAAGAGGCAGUUGUCUGUGGUCUUUAUCGGGAAGGGAAGAUACACUUCCACCCAAAUGAUAAUGAAGUUUUGCAGCAAACAGACAAAGUGUUGUUCAUUUCAUGUGUUUAUGGGAAGAAUAAACCUCAGCUUACAUUUCAAAACAAUGUCGAAGAUAAUAAGACAGCUGAUAAUGUUGGGGUUCUAGUGACAAAUUGUAAAUCUCCUAAUAAAGACUUGGGAUUGGAAAGGAUACGGCUUGAAAAUAUAGUAAGACGCCCCUCAAGAUCAGGUUCAAAGGCAUCAGACUUGAGUCUGGGACCAAAAGAAUGCAUAAUAAUGCUUGGUUGGCGCCCCGAUGCUGUAGAAAUGAUUGAAGAAUAUGAUAAUUAUCUUGGUCCUGGUAGUGUUCUGGAAAUAUUGUCAGAUGUGCCGAUGAGUGAAAGAAAGAAGUCAAUCAACCUUUUUGGUCAUGGCAAGCUUAAGAAUAUCCAAGUUUCCCAUAGGAUUGGCAAUCCCAUGGACUAUGAUGACUUGAAGGAAACAAUAAUCAAAAUCCAACAAUCUCUCAGGAGAGGCGAAGAUGUUCCCUUAUCGAUUGUUGUAAUAUCUGAUAGAGAGUUACUACUUGGAGAUCCUUCCAGGGCUGACAAACAUUCAGCUUUUUCCCUUCUUCUUGCUGAAAAUAUUUGCAAAAAAUUUGGAGUAAAGGUGCACAAUCUAGUUGCAGAAAUUGUUGACGGCAAAUUGGGCAAACAAGUCACAACAAUAAAGCCAAACCUUACGUACAUUCCGGCAGAGGAAGUGAUGAGCCUUGUGACAGCCCAAGUGGCAGAGAACUCCGAGUUGAAGGAGGUGUGGAGAGACAUUCUUGAUGCCGAGGGUGAUGAAAUAUACAUCAAGGAUAUUGGGCUAUACAUGAGGGAGGGGGAGAACCCUACUUUUGCCGAGCUAUCCGAAAGGGCGCAUUUGCGCCGAGAAGUCGCCAUUGGUUACAUGAAGAACAAGAAGAAGGUAAUAAAUCCAAUACCCAAGUCAGAACCUCUCUCCCUUGAGCCCACGGACUCUCUGAUUGUGAUAUCUGAGCUUGAAGGGGAGCAACCCAUACUCUUCUAACACUGUAUUGUUUGAUUUUACCAUGGUUUAUUGAUGGCUCCUUGCUUCCCUUUUUCCUUGCAAGAAGAGCAUAAUUGUUCUUGUGUUUCUUCAACUGUGCUAAACACAAAUAUAUAAUGAAUUCGUCAUUUCUCCGUGCAAAUAUGAUUCGAAAAGCAUCUUCAGGAUUAAGGUCACCAUUUGGUAUUUCUAUCUCCAAAUGAGGAAGGAACUGCUGAAGUGCUAACCGUUGGAAUGAAUACUUCAUCAAAUACUACCAAUGGAGUUUUCUUUCUUGACCUUCUGUUCUAUGUAGUUCCAACUUUUCUUUUGCUGGGUGAGGGACAGAUUUGUAGUUUAACUUAUAAUAAUUUUUAAUUGAGUC